CAGGUCCCCGCCUUCCCGCGAGGCCCCGCCCCUAGCCCGCCCCUAAGCGGGCUAUAAGUUCACCGUCGGUCUCAGCCUCUGCAUCGCCGGUCGCUAGUGGUCUGCACUUGCAAAGUCCUGCCACCGGUCUGAGGAGCACAGCCACCACCCGACCAUGGCCGAGGAUCUUGUUCUGGAGAGAUGUGACCUGGAGCUGGAGGCCAAUGGCCGUGACCACCACACGGCUGACCUGUGCAGGGAGAAGCUGGUGGUGCGACGGGGCCAGCCCUUCUGGCUGACGCUGCACUUCGAGGGCCGAAACUACGAGGCUGGCAUGGACAGCCUCACCUUCUGUGCCGUGACCGGCCCAGCCCCCAGCGAGGAUGCCGGGACCAAGGCCCGCUUCAGGCUGUCCAAUACUGUGGAGGAGGGUGCCUGGGCGGCCACGGUGGUGGACCAGCAGGACAGGGCCCUCUCACUGCAGCUCAGCAGCCCAGCCAGCUCCCCCAUCGGCCUGUACCGCCUCAGCCUGGAGGCCUCCACUGGCUACCAGGGCUCCAGCUUCGUGCUGGGUCACUUCACCCUGCUCUUCAAUGCCUGGUGCCCAGCGGACGCUGUGUACCUGGACUCAGAUGAGGAGCGGCGGGAGUAUGUCCUCACCCAACAGGGCUUCAUCUACCAGGGCUCAGCCAAGUUCAUCAAGAGCAUACCUUGGAAUUUUGGGCAGUUUGAAGUCGAGAUUCUAGACAUCUGCCUGAUGCUCUUGGACGUCAACCCCAAGUUCCUGAGGGACGCUGGCCGCGACUGCUCCCGCCGCAGCAGUCCAGUCUACGUGGGCCGGGUGGUGAGCGGCAUGGUCAACUGCAAUGAUGACCAGGGCGUGCUGCUGGGACGCUGGGACAACAACUACAGGGAUGGCAUCAGCCCCAUGUUCUGGAUCGGCAGCGUGGACAUCCUGCGUCGCUGGAAGAAUGACGGCUGCCAGCGCGUCAAGUAUGGCCAGUGCUGGGUCUUUGCUGCUGUGGCCUGCACUGUGCUGCGGUGCCUCGGCGUCCCCACCCGCGUCGUGACCAACUAUAACUCGGCCCACGACCAGAACAGCAACCUGCUCAUUGAGUACUUCCGCAACGAGUUUGGGGAGAUCCAGAGCGACAAGAGCGAGAUGAUCUGGAACUUCCACUGCUGGGUGGAGUCGUGGAUGACCAGGCCUGACCUGCAGCCGGGAUACGAGGGGUGGCAGGCCCUGGACCCCACGCCCCAGGAGAAGAGCGAAGGGACAUACUGCUGUGGCCCGGUUCCCGUUCGUGCCAUCAAGGUGGGCGACCUGAGCACCAAGUACGAUGCCCCUUUCGUCUUUGCCGAGGUCAACGCCGACGUGGUGGACUGGAUCCGGCAGGAUGAUGGGUCCAUGCACAAGUCCAUCAACCACUCCCUGGUCGUGGGGCAGAAGAUCAGCACAAAGAGCGUGGGCAGAGAUCAGCGGGAGGACAUUACCCACACCUACAAGUACCCGGAGGGGUCCGCAGAGGAGAGGGAAGCCUUUGCAAGGGCCAACCACCAGAACAAACUGGCUGAUAAAGAGGAGACAGGGGUGGCCAUGCGGAUCCGUGCGGGCCAGGGCAUGAACAGGGGCAGCGACUUUGACGUCUUUGCCCACAUCACCAACACCACUGCCGAGGACCACACUGGCUGCCUCCUGCUCUGUGCCCGCACCGUCAGCUACAAUGGGAUCCUGGGACCCGAGUGUGGCACCAAGGACCUGCUCAACUUUUCCCUGGAGCCCUUCUCUGAGAAGAGCAUUCCCCUUCGAAUCCUCUACGAAAAGUAUUGUGACUGCCUGACCGAGUCGAAUCUCAUCAAAGUGCGGGGCCUCUUCGUCGAGCCAGCUGCCAACAGCUACCUGCUGGCUGAGAGGGACAUCUAUCUGGAGAAUCCAGAAAUCAAGAUCCGGAUCCUGGGAGAGCCCAAGCAGAAUCGCAAGCUGGUGGCUGAGGUGUCCCUGUGGAACCCGCUCACCGUGCCGCUGUCAGGCUGCACCUUCACCGUGGAGGGGGCGGGCCUGACCGACGAGCAGAAGACCGUGGAAAUCCCGGACCCCGUGGAGGCGGGGGCGGAAGUCAAGGUGAGGGUGGACCUGCUGCCCCGGAACGCGGGCCGCCACAAGCUGGUGGUGAACUUCGAGAGCGACAGGCUGAAGGCCGUGAAGGGCUUCAGGAACGUCAUUAUUAACACCUCCUAAGGGCCCCCGUGCCAGCCCCACCUGAGCCAGCUGAGGGCCCCCAACUUGACCCCAAUCUUUAUCGCAAGCUAAUGAGCAAAAUUUGCCCCUUCUUGGGCCCCGGACCCCAGGGCAGGGUGGGCUGCCUAUGGGCGCUCUUUGGAAUUGAAUGUACUUCCGGCCCAUCUGGUCCCCCUGAGCCUGGCUCCCCACCUCCCUCACCUGUGAGGAAUGUUUUGUGCCUCCACAGUAGGAGCCCUGAUCUUGGCUGACUGGGCCUGGGGGGUGGGCCGGGGAGGAGGGACUCCCGCCUCCCUUCCCAGCCCAGAUGCCAUUUGGAAAGCCACUGACCACCCGCCAUAUUGUUUGAUCAAUUCCAGAGCCCCUUCCCUGGGAGCAGGUGAGAAAAAGUGUGCCCAGUGACCAGAUCAAGGAACUGAGCACCCUAGGGUGUCCUGAACCCCUUCCCCAGAUUGUGCCCAGGCCCCAGGGGCUGUUGGCAGAGCCUGAGCAGGUGCAGAUCGGGAGGGUCCCAGGAACAGUCCAGACCCAAGCUCCCCCCACAUCCCAGCAGCACCGGCCCAAUAGUACCCCCGCACCCCGCAAUUGUGAGGCACCUACUAAGUGCUUCCUGGGCUCACACGGCCACCAACCCAUUUAAUUGCCAUGGGAAACUGCAGAGUGGGAGCCGCUUUCUCGACGAGGAGACUGCAGCUUGGAGAAGGGAGGUGGCCCGCCCUGCACCGCUGGAUAUUUGCAAGGCUGCUUAAUAUGAAGGUGCAGGAAUGAAGCCAGGCCUUCUGGCUCUGAGUCCAGGGCCCCGUUCACCACACCAGCCCUGAGCUGACUGUCAGAGAGGCCAUUUGGGGCCUGAUCAAAAAGGAUCCAGUUAGGAUGAGGAGGUGGGGAGGAAAUUGGAGGGGUUAGAGCCCUGGGUUUGAGCCCCAAGUCUGGCCAGCCACUGCCUUCCCCUCUCUGGGCCUCAGUCUGCUUCUCGGUCACAGAGUGGUGGAACCAGCUCGUCUCCAAGGCCCCUUCAGCUCUGCACUGCUGGUGCCUCAUAUGACUCAGCCUUGCCAAUGACAUUGAGUCUUACUCCCUGGCUUCACAGAGCCUUAGGUCACAGGCCAGGAUGUUUCGGAGAAUGAGACCAUGACCAUGACCACCUUCCUGCCCCCAGCCCUGUCUGAGUCCCCCACCUGUGCCCAGGCAUCUUCCUUCAGAGCCCAGUUGUAGGGGAAAAGAGCCCCGGAGGCCCCUGUCCUACCCAUGACCCCACCCACCACAAUGCGUAGACUUCACAGGAGCCUUAAGUUGCCUGUGCUGGUCACUCACCAACAAAGCUGGCAUCUCAGCCACCCCCUCUUUGAAGAGCCAGGGCCCUGGAACACAGCCCUUGCCCCUGACUAAGCUCGGGGACCCCACAAGUUGCCAUCUCUGACUUUACCCCUCGCUCUCUCCGUGUGACUGGGCCUCCCUCAGCCUGGAAGAGGGAAGCGGGGAGAAUUCUGUAUCUGGAGUGGGGUCAAAGCCUCCAGAGUCCCCGAAAUCCCAGAGAGGGAUUUGGGGAAAGUCACGCUGAUGCACUUAGAACUUUCUGCUUUGCACAGGAAGAAGCACUUGAGCCGAAAUAUAUAUGUUCUAUAUAAAUAUUGCUCGAUUUCUCUAUGGUUUUAUAAAUACUUCUGGGUUCCAAGCAAGCAGUAGAUGUGCUUUUGAGCCACAAAGAGCAAGUACUGAAAUAAAAGUUUAUUUUUCACA